AAGUUCUACGUCCUAUGAUCUCCUGUGCUAGUCUUAGUUUUGCCCUCUGUGUUAGCCAGAAUAAUUCUCCUUCCAUAGCUGUUGGCUUUAGGAAGACUGGCAUGUCCCCUGCAGCUCCCCAUUCUCCAACCUAAAUAUCCUCAUCUUCCCAAACAGGACAUGGUUCAUAUGAGUGCUUCCUUCAUUCUCCCAGCCCUCUCCCUUAGUCGUGUUCCUUUGUCACUGUCCCCCUGCAUAUACAAUGUCCAGAACUGGACUUGGACCUUCUGUAAGUGUGGAGGUCAUGCCUUGUUCCUGUUACAUCAUCACCCUAAAUUAUGACCUCAGCCGCCCAAACUCUUUGAUCAGAGUCUUUUAUUCUUUCCUCCUCAUUCUAGCCCAUGCUUCCAAAGCUGACACCUCUUUCCUGGUCCUUCUUUGUGGACUUCCCCCUCUGGCCUUUCUCAUAAUACCUUCUAGCCCACUGCAGUCCUGAUCCGACAUCUGAUUCUAAUCAUUCUCCCAUUCCUUCUCCAGACCUGGAGACUGGUCUGGGUUGGCCUCACACCCGAACAGGUGCGAUGCUCCUGAAUACCCCCAGAAGGCCAUGCUGCUUAACAGAUCCAUCUCUCUCUCCUCCCCCACUGCUAUCUGUUUUCCAAGAGUGAACAGCAGCACUGCCAGCUGAUCUGCUGCUUGCUGCCUCCAAUGCCUCUUCUAAUGUCACCACCGCCUCUGCUGUCUGCCGCUCUCUUCCCUCUUCGGGCCACAUUUUUUCUCCUUGUUAUUUUCUGCUCUCUCCUUUGCCUGCCACUACUGAAUAUCUCAACUUUGGCUUCUCAGGAACCAAAAUCCCGCCUUCUGGCCGGCAAACCAAUCACACAUAUUGUCUGCCAUCUCUACAUCUUUGGUUCAGCCCAGCUAUUUUGGUCCCUGCUCGCACUCUGAGAUUUUUCUCACUUUCCUCUGGGUUUACACCUCUUUCAGCACUUAAAGGGUGAUAGACAUCUUAGAGUUGGUUAACUGAGCUAUAAAGGUCAGACUUCUGACACAGCUGGUGAUUGGCUAAUGGAUCUAGGUGUCAAAAGAUGGAAGAACUGGUUAAAGUCAUAUGGCUAUCUGCUUCCCUAUGACUCACGGGCACCCGCGCUGCACUCAGGGAAGGUCUUACAGUCAGCAGUCUCCACUAUGCAGCAGUUUUACGGGAUCCCAGUCACCGGUGUGUUGGAUCAGACAACAAUCGAGUGGAUGAAGAAACCCCGCUGUGGUGUCCCUGAUCACCCCCACUUAAGCCGCAGGCGGAGGAACAAGCGCUAUGCCCUGACUGGACAGAAGUGGAGACAAAAACACAUCACCUACAGCAUUCACAACUACACCCCAAAGGUGGGGGAGCUAGACACACGGAAAGCAAUUCGCCAGGCUUUUGAUGUGUGGCAGAAGGUGACCCCGCUGACCUUUGAAGAGGUGCCAUAUCAUGAGAUCAAAAGUGACCGGAAGGAGGCAGACAUCAUGAUCUUCUUUGCUUCUGGUUUCCAUGGCGACAGCUCCCCAUUUGAUGGAGAAGGGGGAUUCCUGGCCCAUGCCUACUUUCCUGGCCCAGGGAUUGGAGGAGACACUCACUUUGAUUCAGAUGAGCCGUGGACACUAGGAAAUGCCAACCAUGAUGGGAAUGACCUCUUCCUGGUGGCUGUGCACGAGCUGGGCCAUGCGCUAGGACUGGAGCACUCCAACGACCCCAGCGCCAUCAUGGCGCCCUUCUACCAGUACAUGGAGACACACAACUUCAAACUGCCUCAGGAUGAUCUCCAGGGCAUCCAGAAGAUCUACGGACCCCCAGCUGAGCCCCUGGAGCCCACCAGACCCCUCCCCACGCUCCCCGUCCGCAGGAUCCACUCACCAAGUGAGAGGAAACAUGAGCGCCAGCCCAGGCCACCUCGGCCGCCCCUCGGGGACCGGCCGUCCACACCAGGCGCCAAACCCAACAUCUGUGAUGGCAACUUCAACACAGUGGCACUCUUCCGAGGCGAGAUGUUUGUGUUUAAGGAUCGCUGGUUCUGGCGCCUGCGCAAUAACCGGGUACAAGAGGGCUACCCCAUGCAGAUUGAGCAGUUCUGGAAGGGCCUGCCUGCCCGCAUAGAUGCAGCCUAUGAAAGGGCUGAUGGAAGAUUUGUCUUCUUCAAAGGUGACAAGUACUGGGUAUUUAAGGAGGUGACGGUGGAGCCUGGGUACCCCCACAGCCUGGGGGAGCUGGGGAGCUGUCUGCCCCGAGAAGGCAUUGACACAGCUCUGCGCUGGGAACCUGUGGGCAAGACCUACUUUUUCAAAGGCGAACGGUACUGGCGCUACAGCGAGGAGCGGCGGGCCACGGACCCUGGCUACCCCAAGCCCAUCACUGUGUGGAAGGGCAUCCCACAGGCUCCCCAGGGGGCCUUCAUCAGCAAGGAAGGAUAUUACACCUACUUCUACAAGGGCCGGGACUACUGGAAGUUUGACAACCAGAAACUGAGUGUGGAGCCAGGUUAUCCACGCAACAUCCUACGUGACUGGAUGGGCUGCAACCAGAAGGAGGUGGAACGGCGGAAGGAGCGGCGGCUGCCCCAGGACGAUGUGGACAUCAUGGUGACCAUCAAUGACGUACCAGGCUCUGUGAAUGCCGUGGCUGUGGUCAUCCCCUGCAUCUUGUCCCUCUGCAUCCUGGUGCUGGUCUACACCAUCUUCCAGUUCAAGAACAAGGCAGGCCCUCAGCCUGUCACCUACUAUAAGCGGCCAGUCCAGGAGUGGGUGUGAGCAGCCCAGAGCCCUCUCUGUCCACUCGGUCUGGCCAGCCAGGCCCUUCCUCAUCAGGGUCUCAGGGGCAGCUCUGGCCACUGCCCACCGGGGCCAGAAGGGCCCUAGGCCAGGGGUCGUGCAGCUGAAGUGGUAGGUACAUUGGCCUAGGCUGAGCAUGAGGCAGGGAGUGAUGGUGGCUGUGCCCCAGGGUGGGUGUCUGGCAGCCAGUUGCCAGCCUUCUGUCCUGGGUGAACUGCUCCCUACGCAAGGGAAUAGGCCAGGCCCCAUCAGGAGGCAGGGACCAUGCCAGGAGGAGGCCCUGUGGUCACUGCAUCCUGUGGUUAUCAAUGAGGCACCACAGCUCUGUUCCUGGCUGGACCCAGCACCUUCUGUGGAAGCCAGCACUAGCACUCUCAGCCCCCUCUGGGAGAUGCCACCAAUCCUGGUCCCCCUUUGCCAACACCUGCUGGUCAGAUGUCCCCCUGCCCCCACCCCACUGUCCUCCAAGGCUACAAGACCCCUGCUGCCAACAUGGCGGGCAACAAGCCCGGGUUUCCGCUGCUGGCAUACAGCAGAUCCCUCAGGAAACCUGCUCCACAUCAGGGUCUCCUUUGAGAUCUAGGAUUUAGGGUCACAUGUUGCAGGCAGUGCUGUGGCCCAGCGGGGUCUGACAAGGACCCAGCUGUCACGUCGUGAAUAUUUAAAUGUCCUGUUACUACUGUUUUAAAAGUCCCAUUCUGCAAAGGCUGUUUGAGGCGUUAGGUGAAUUAGAGGUGACUAUCUUGGUGAUGAGGCCAGCGUGGCCGGCCCUUCCCCAGGAGACAAGGACCAAGGUGCUGCUAAGGCCACUCUAGCGCCUAGACACCCCAGGAGCUGGACCUGCUCAUGAGGCUAAAGGUCUGGGGCAGGAGCUGAUCCCAUCUCUGGAGGCUGAUCUGAGUUCUGACUAUCCUCCACUUCUCUGUCCCUCUCCCCAUUCUCCCAGUCCCCAGCCCUGUUGCUUAUGGCCUGGGGCUCAGCCUGACUAGCUAGGUGAGGCAGAAAUGGCUCCAGGCCAACAUUCUCAUGGCUUUGGGGGUAAUGGGCCCAGGGCAGCCUUCUCAAGUGUUCAGAGCCCACACCCCCAGUUACCCUGAGGCCAACUCAAUCUCUCAGCUUGGAAGCAGUGUUUAUACAAGCUUGGCCCUUGCUAACCCUGCUCCCUGGGCCCAUCUGCCUGCAUUGCAGUCCCAAUCCUAGGGGCCCAUCUUUCACAGUCUCUGGAAUUCCUAGGGCUCAGCUUGCCUCACUCCAACCCAGUGGAGGCAGCCCUGUUUGUCACUGAAGAGCCCUAGGCAAGACUAAUGGGUUCAGUGAUGCCCACUGGCUCUCUGCCAAAGCCAAAAGGUGGUACAUCUUCAGGGUGCUGGCAGAGUCUCCGAUGCCACUCUGGCCCUCUGGGCCUGCAUGGGCCUCGCCCCUACCCUGUGGCCUCUGGGCUUUGGGUUGGCUUAACCUGUAGCAGACAGGGACUACUAUUGCCCUGGGAGCUGUCUUGAGCAAAAUCUCUCUUGUCCCAGAGGCACCUAUGUGGGUCCACUAUGUUCCCGGGCAUCAUCCUUCUGUCUUUUCUCAUUUUGACCAAGGGCGGGCUCCCUGGGGUGGGUGGGGAACAACUGCAGAGAUAUUAGUGAUUCAUAGGUUUGUAUAGUGUUUUAUACUUUGCAAAGCACUUUAUUAGCUCAUACCUGUCCACUCACAUGAAACUUGUGUAGGCCCUGGGAAGCCUAGGGUAACUCUCACCGUGCCCUCAAAUGAAGCACAGAGAGAUUGUUUCUUGCCCAGGCCAUCGGGUGGGCUGGCUGGGCCUUGGGUCCCCACCUAUGGACCCCUCUAGGGUCCAAGAUGAGAUCAGAAGUGUCUCUUUUAUCCAUCUUUUCCUGGCCUCCCUUCUCCCCUUCCCGGUCCCUCUCCACUCCUCAGGUUGGUGCUCUCUCUUUUUGAAAGCUCUAGGCUCCCCAGGCUCCCCAUUGGCUCCUGGUACUACCAAGGCCAGCUGAGAAAGAGCAGGAGAUGGAGGCAGGCAGCUCAGGCUGCAGAUGUGAGGGAUGCAGGGCCAGGCCCAGAGAGGGCUCAGCCUGGAGGCUUCCAAUCUCGGAUUCUCCUGUCUUGUGGUCAUCUGUUUGCCCAUCACCCCAGGACAGGGCAGACAGACAACGGGGCACUGCACUGGGGACCCCAGAGCCCAGCUUCCCCUCGGCCCGGGGAAUAUCACAGCAUUUCAGUGUCGGUCACAUUUUAAACUGAUCAGCCUUUGUAUAAUGUUUUUUAAAUCAUUUCUAAAUAAAACAAAAAUACAGA